AUGUUUGCGGCAAUCGUUGCAACAGCUGCUGAAAUCUUCGUUGGCGUGAUAAUUCAUCGAUACUUAUAUCAGCCUCUAUUCGCUAGCGCCUUCUAUGUUUGUAGUGUAAUCGGUAUUUGCUGUGGGGCAUUGGAUGAGAAGUUUAGACGAAUAGUUUAUCUGGAGUUAGAGCAUGGAGAAAUUGCUCUAGCUGUAACAUGA